AUGCCCCACCAGAGUAACGACACAUCCCCCGGCGAUCACCAGUCCAGUGACCUCCUCGCCCAAGCGGGGAAUAUUUCCGGCGCUGAGCGUGAGUUCUUCUCCCCGAUGCCGGAUGGGUAUGUGCCCGGGAAGCACAAGUAUGUUGCGAUCCUCGGCACCGUGAUGUCAGGUCUCGGCAAGGGUAUCUUCUCUUCGUCAAUGGCCAAGGUGCUCAAGGACAAAGGCUUACGCGUCGCUCCGAUCAAGCUUGAGGGUUACCUCAACAUCGAUUCGGGAACGCUGAACCCAUAUCGCCACGGCGAGGUCUUCGUCCUCGACGACGGCACCGAGUGCGACAUGGACCUCGGGACCUACGAGCGCAUGCUCGAUCAGGACCUCACCAAACGCAACUUCGUCACAGCUGGUCAGAUCUACUCUGAGAUACUCGAUCGUGAGCGCCAAGGCGUCUACCUCGGACGCGACGUCCAGAUGAUCCCGCACGUCACCGGCGAAGUGAAACGCAAACUCCGCGAGCUUGCGAUCCGUGGUGAUGGGUCGGGUCCAGCGGACAUUGUCUUCGUCGAAGUGGGGGGAACAGUCGGCGACUACGAAAACGGUUUCUACAUCGAAGCACUCCGUGAACUUGCCUUCGAGGAGGGGCCGGGAUCGGUCUGCUUCGUUGCGUUGACCUACGUCAUUGAGCCCCAGGCGCUGGGGGAGCAGAAGUCCAAAGCGGCGCAGCUCGGAAUCAAGCGUCUGAUGGAAUCAGGGAUCCAGCCCAACCUCAUCGCGUGCCGAGCGGAGAACCCAGUCGAGCACAAGGUCCGCGAGAAGAUCGCGAUGUUCUCAAAUGUCCCUAUGGAACGCGUGUUCUCGAUGCACGAUCGCGACAGCAUCUACAAAAUCCCAGACGAGCUCCGCGCACAAGGGCUCGAUCGUGAGAUCCUUUCGACACUGAGUCUCCACGAUCGCGUCGAUGCGACAGCAGAGGAUCGAGCACGCGUCCGAUGGUCCACAUUUGUUGAUGGAUUGACCGCUGAGCGUAUGCAGACCGUCAAGAUCGGUAUCCUCGGCAAAUACGCCGAGCUCCGCGACGCGUACGCAUCGAUCGACAAAGCGCUCGAGCACUGCGAAGCACACUUCCGGACCAAUGUCGAGCAAGUCUGGAUGGACACCACCGAAAUCAACGACGCCAACGCCGCCGAUCGUCUCCGUGACCUCGACGGCGUUAUUGUUCCAGGAGGGUUUGGUUCCCGAGGAGUCGAAGGGAAGAUCUCCUGCGUCAAGCACUGCAGAGAGAACGCGAUCCCAUACCUCGGGAUCUGUCUCGGAUUCCAGGUUGCUGUCGUCGAGUUUGCUCGUAAUGUGCUCGGGAUCAAGGAUGCGUACUCCACAGAGUUCGAUCCAAUGACAUCCUCGGCGCUGAUCUCCGAACUCCCAGAUCAGAAGAAAAUUGAAGGGCUCGGCGGGACCAUGCGUCUCGGUGCUCAGGAUGUCCAGAUCACCCCCGGCUCGCUCGCGUCGUUCCUCGCUGACGGUAAGACCUCGAUCCAUGAGCGCUUCCGUCACCGCUACGAGGUCGAUCCAACCUACAUCGAGCGCCUCGAAGCGGGAGGAUUGAUCUUCUCAGGUCGUCACCCAGAGCAGCCAAUCAUGCAGAUCCUUGAGCUCCCUUCGCAUGUCGAAACAGACGACUCGGUCGCACCUUCGGAACCGAUCACGCAUCCGUACUUCAUCGGAGCUCAGUUCCAUCCGGAGCUCACCUCGCGUCCGCUCACGCCUCAGCCGAUGUUCAUGGGACUCGUCGCGGCGUCGCUCAAGCACCGAUUCGAGCACAACGAGCAACAGUGGGAACAGAUCCUUAGAGCUUGCCCAAUCCUGAAACGCUGGCUCCGCUCACCCAAUGGGCAAACGCAGGCAACCAGUUGA